GGCGAAAUCAAUCAGGUUUCGCCACGAACACUGCGGACGCCACUUCAGAAUCACAGCUCGCAGCAGCCUCCAUGGCUGCCAUGGCUAGGAAGUUGGGUGAUCUGGAAAGUAGGAUGGACACGGAACGUCCAAGGGUGGGAUUGCGCCCAAGCGUGCAAUCGCUUAUAAAGGAUGGUUAAUUGAAAGGCAGAUCUUCUUUCUGUUCUACCGAGGAACUUUUAGACAGGAGUAGAACAUAGGACGUUGGUAGCACGAAGUUCCAACGCCCCCAUCAUCCCACCGAUCAGUUGUUGGGAACUAGCGUUGGUUGUUGAUUUGGCAGAAGGCUCUUUGGUGAGUGUUGUUAGCAGCUAAGUGGAUGUGAUAGAAAAGGGGGGUAGUGAGACAGACUUUUGAGGAAGGGAAUGCAGCUGUUGGCGGGUGGCAGUAACAUUUGGCUGAACAGCCCAAGUUUCGUCUCAAGCCCACGCCAGCCCACCAAGCGUUUGACUUUAUCCGCUUCUAGUCUUGGAGUUCGCUCAAGGAACUUUAGCCCGCUCAAUAGAUCCUAAAAACAACCCCGCUUUUCCAACCGCACUCAGAAGUGGGCACCUCAAUCAGGGAGCGCAUCUCGCUUCCUUUGCCCAACUGCCCAGUUUAACUCACUGCUGAAACAGUUCAAACCGCCACCAUGAUGGGGCGCUAUCGCGAGGCCCUCAUCAGCUACUGGCCCGUCUUUAACCUGGCGCUGCCAUACACGCUGCACAUCUGCGCGCUCGUGAUGGCCUUUCCCUCCAUCACGGACGUUGUGGUGUCAGCCUUGUGCAAAACCGACAGCUGUAGCCAGGCAAUCUACUUGUCGGGGUUGACUGGGACGAUAUCAGGGAUAGGGACGAUGGUCUUGACGCCAAUCAUUGGGGCUUACUCUGACGACUAUGGGCGGAAGUGGCUCCUGCUCCUUUGCUGGUCGACUAGCGUCCUACCUUUCGUCGCCCUUGCCUACAGCACGUCCCUGUCUUCGGUGUACAUAUACUACGGCGUCCGAACAUUGUCCAACAUGAUGACGGACGGUCCGGUCGGGGCCCUGACUCUGGCCUACGUGGCUGACGUCGUACCCCAGGAGAAGAGGGCGACUGCGUUCAGCUUGUUGAUGGGGUCACUGUCGGGGGGCUUGCUGACUGGGACGGUGGCAAGCAGACUGAUACCCACGGUCUACAUCUUUAAGGUCUCCCUCUGCUUACUGAUCCUCGCCGUCAUAUACAUGGCGAUCUGCCUGCCCGAGAGCCGGCCAAAGCACAAGCUGCUGGCCGCACGGGAGCAAGCGGCAGCGGACCUGGAGGAGCCGCUGACGUCAGCGGAGGGUCCGGCGACGUCAUCGGGGGGUCCCCCUCUGCUGGCGCCCCGCCUGCUGCGGAGCAAGUCGCAGGUCGGGGAGUCGAUCCGGUUCGUGCGACGGAGCCCGCUCCUGUUCAAGGUCUCCCUGCUGGCGUUCCUGAUGUCGUUCUCCGUCAAUGGAAUUGAUGGCACCCUCUUCUACUUCCUUAAGGCCAUCUUCCACUUUUCGAAGGACCAGUUUUCGGAGAUCAUUCUGAUCGUGGGGAUUGGCUCGAUGCUCGCACAGCUGGUGCUCCUUCCGUUGGGCCUGCACUACCUCCGCCAGAAGACGCUGCUGCUCAUCGGCAUCACCUUCAGCUGUGUCCACGGGUACUUGUACGCAUUCGCUUGGGCCCCCUGGGUUGCUUACGUCAGCGCCGGCACGGCCACGCUGUCAUUCUUCGUGAGUCCGACGGUGGGCAGCCUGGUGUCGUCGCUCGGGAGCCCCGAUGAGCAGGGCAAGUUGCAGGGUAUCGUCACCGGCGUGCGGUCGCUGGCGUCCGCCCUGGCCCCGGCCAUCAUAAACCCCAUCGCCGCUGCGUUCCUGUCGCCCAACCCUCCGUUUGCGUUCCCCGGAUUCGGUAUCGCGUUCGGUGCAUCCUUUGGGAUUAUCGCCUUCUUCCUUGCGUGGACUCUGCCUUCCCUGCCCCCGCCCGUUCCGGUCAACGCGUCCGAUUACGCCUCUGUUUCGCCGGACGGUAAACGCAGUGCGGACCGGAAUGCGGACACCGUAGGCCCUGUGGACGCCACUUUGUGGAUACCCGAAGAGGAAAGAGACAUAAUCCGUCCGUGAGUCAUCGAGCCUAGGAAAGGCUUUUUCAGUUACAAAGGCUAAGCGCAAACGGCAAUCACUUUGUCAUUCUCGUUUUCACCCAUAAGCACCAAUCGGCUGAAAGGCUUUCCGUUGAACUAGUUUUAGUCAGGCCGAGAAUGAAGCACGCACAUUGGGCGGAUCUGCGCCUAACCAUACCUUACGAGAUCAUUAGCAUUUGUCCUCUUACCGAAAACUUAGGUCUGUGCAGAGUCCAUUGUUUCCUAGGGCGCCUCAGAAUGGGAUAUAUCAGAGUCCGCUGCGGAUAGUUUGUCGAAAGGAUAAGUUUCUCCAAGAGUGCUAAAGAACAGGGCCGUUCAUCGUCGAUCGAAUGUCACGUCUAGGACACAGGUCUACUCAGCGCAUGACUGUAUAAGAGGGUAGGUCUUGUAUAUAUUAAGAGCAGCGCCAGAACGUCCACAUGUGUCGCCAAGCCAAAACGUCCACAUCAUGUGUCGCCAAU